CUGAUUUGUGUAGAGAAUUGAUUAUGAAGCAAUAUAUAAUUUUGGGCAUUGUAAGGUAUUUCCAUAUCUUGCGAAUUCAGUCGCUUUGCCUUCGUUGGAAGUAUGAAGGUUCUUGUAACUGGGGCGUCUGGAUAUCUGGGCGGAAGGCUGUGCCAUGCAUUGUUGAACCGAGGCUUCUCCGUUCGGGCAUUGGUCCGUCCGACCAGUGACCUCUCAUCUCUUCCUCAUGAUCCUUCCGCUCUUGAGCUCGUCUAUGGCGAUGUCACCAACUACCAGUCGCUCCUAGAUGCUUUCUCCGGCUGCCAUAUCGUAUUCCACGCAGCCGCACUAGUCGAGCCCUGGAUUCCUGAUCCAUCCAAAUUCAUCUCAGUCAACGUUCGAGGGUUGAAGAACGUGUUGCAAGCGGUUACAGAGACGAAGACGAUCGAGAAGAUAAUCUACACGUCGUCGUUUUUUGCGCUUGGCUCCACCGAUGGAUAUGUUGCCGAUGAAAACCAGGUCCAUCACGAGAAGUUCUUUUGUACGGAGUACGAGAAAUCAAAGGCUAUUGCUGACAAGAUUGCAUUGCAAGCUGCAUCUGAGGGCGUCCCGAUAGUGCCGGUUUAUCCCGGAGUUAUCUAUGGUUCUGGAAAGCUUACGGCUGGAAAUGUCAUCGCCCGCAUGCUGAUCGAACGGUUCAAUUGGCGAUUGCCGGGUUAUAUAGGCCAAGGAACCGAUAGAUACUCGUUUAGCCAUGUCGACGAUGUGGUAGAAGGGCAUAUUGCAGCAAUGCAGAAAGGUCGAGUAGGUGAAAGGUAUCUUCUAACAGGAGAAAAUGCAUCAUUUGUGGAUGUUUUUGACACAGCUGCAGCCAUUACUGGUACAAGAAGACCAAUGUUUAACAUUCCAUUGUGGUUGAUCGAAGCAUAUGGUUGGGUUUCAGUUUAUAUCUCUCGGAUCACUGGGAAACUUCCUCUCAUCAGCCCCCCGGUUGUGAGUGUUCUGAGACAUCAAUGGGCAUAUUCGUGCGAGAAGGCGAAAGAAGAACUGGAUUAUAACCCCAGAAGCUUGAAAGAAGGAUUAGAAGAAAUGGUUCCAUGGCUAAAGAGCUUGGGUUUGAUAAAGUAUUAACAAGAAAUGGUGCUGCGCUGGUAAG